AUGGCGUUGACUGUCAAGCAGCUCAAUGCCGAUGCCUCGUUCCUAUUGACCUUUGAACCCAUCGUCCCCGAGUCAACGCCGGGCAUCACUGCAAGGCCGUUCCGGGUCCUGUUGGAUCCAUGGAUCACAGGACCAUCCACCAUAUUCCACUCCAUACUCGCAACCACGACGCAUAAAGAGUGCCCAUGCGUUUGUUCCCUACAACACCUACCGGAACCUGACCUCGUCAUCAUAAGCCAGCACAAGAGCGACCACUGCAACGAAGCAACGCUCCGACAACUGCCCGCCAGCGGGACGCGAACGCUGAUUUUAGCUGAACCCGCGGCGGCCAAGGUAAUCCGGAGCUGGAAGUACUUCGACGCGGACAAGGUGCACACUAUUCCGCGAUGGGAGGAUCCACGGGCAACUGGGAAGCAGUCAGUGGUCAGGGUGAAGGUCCCCCCCUUCUCUCCCGGCGGUGAGCCUGGCGAGGUGACGGUCGCCUUCAUCCCACAACGCAGGGACUUCAAGGGAUUACACGCCGCCAUUGGAAUCACGUAUCGGCCCCCGCCGACUUCGCCGAGAUUCCCCCACCUCUCGACGCCCCCAGAGACGCCAGUCUCUCAGCAGUCGAGCCUCACCACGUCCCAGGUCGCGAUGGCCUCGCACAAAAAGUCCAGAAACGCACCAGUAUACCUCAACCCUCCAACGCCCCCGGAGACACCAAGCAGCAGAUCCCUCCGCUCCGUCCGCUCCGGCACCCUCGCCACGCCGAUCCCAGACGCCCGCGACAGGGCCGUCUCCGUCAUCUUCUCGCCACACGGCAUUUCGUACCGCUGCCUCGAGAAAUACGCCGAUGCUCAUCUGGAGGCCGAAGCGGCGCUGCCUCUGACGGCUCUCUUGCAUUGCUUUGACACGGUGUCCAACCCGUGGUGGCUCGGCGGCAAUAUUUCGACGGGCAUGCCGGCGGGUCAGGAGACGGCGGCGGCGCUGGGGGCCACAGCCUGGGUCAGCACGCACGACGGCGACAAAGACGUCAAGGGGCUGGUAACGAAAAUGCUGAAGACGAAGAGGUACACACAAAAACAGGUUGCUGCCCCGUCGUCGUCUGGCCAGAAGCGCGGCGACAGACACGGUCGUUCGGCGAAGACCGGUGACGGGGAGAAGGAGGGCAAGGGAACCGAGGUGCUUGUCCUCGGGGUAGGCGAGGAGGUUGCGAUGACUGGCGAGGGCGUGUGGAACGUCGAAUCCGCGGCACGGGCGUUACCCAUGUCUUGGAAACUGCCUGAGAUAGGAAAGACACCGAAGGGGAGGGAGAGGGGGCGGGGGUUGGCACCGGUCGACACGGCGGCCAAGUAUGGACCUCGCCGAUGA